UUUAAACAUUAAUCCGAAGCUGUGAAGAUGUCAUAUUUGUUGUGUCAGGCAGCAUUUCCUCCUCCGUGUUUGCUCACGGCUCCCCCCAUCGGACUCACUGUAAAAUGCUCGAUUAUUUCAGCGAACCGCCCCGUUCACUCAUUUGAGGAGAGACGCCGCUGACUUUCUUCUUCACGCUCGCUUCUUGAUGGAUAUUUUCAAACUUGACAGAUGGAGAGUGAGAUGAAGAGGAGGAAAUACUCCACCAGCAGCAACGACUCUGACACCACCGACAGUCAUGUGACCACCUGGUCACGGUCUUCAAAGAACACAGGGACCAGCAGCACAUGGGUACGCCAUGAGCAGAAGAAACCGUCUGAGGUGUUUCGGACCGAUUUUAUUACAGCCAUGAAGUUGCCUGAUUCGGCACAACUGAGCCCAGAGGAGUUUUAUUUCCUCUCCGACCCCUGGAGGCAGGAAUGGGAGAAGGGUGUUCAGGUGCCAGCCAAUGUGGAACCGAUUCCCGAGCCUGUAGUUCGGAUGCUUCCGGAGGUCAAUCGAAUCCCAUUCUUUUCACCGAUCCAAACCAGGGGCCAGUCAGAGUUUGGCUUCGGAGAGUCACAUGGUCUCCCUGAGCCGUUGAGCUCUUACGAUCUGGAUGAUCUGGAUGUGACCUGGCUUGAACUGGUUAAUACUGAAUUCAGACAGCUAGCACUUCCAGAGCUGGACGAACUCACCAUGGAGCAGGUUGUUGUGGAGCUGGAGAACAGGUGUCAGCAGAACAUGCAGCAGGCCAUCGAGACCGAGGAGGGUCUGGGUAUCGAAUACGACGAAAUCCAGGAUUCAAUACUUUUCGAUGUGUUAACUGGGUGUUUUCUGACUUGUGUUGUUUCCAUGUCAUCAAAGGUGAGCAUUGGCUGCCCUGAGAAGAUGGAACCUAUUACUAAAGUAUCCCACAUCCCAGCCAGUCGCUGGGCCUUGUCCUGUGGCCUGUGCCGUGAACACACAGGCACAUGUAUACAGUGCUCCAUGCCAUCCUGCAUCGUGGCCUUCCACGUGACCUGUGCGUUCGACCACGGACUAGAGAUGCGCACCACUCUGGCAGAGAACGACGAGGUGCGUUUCAAAUCAUACUGUCUAGAGCACAGUAGCAUCUCACGCUCGAGCAGCGGCGGGAAUGCGGACAGGCCCGAACUGCGGCUCGCUGGUUCCGAUCUGUCAGUGAUGCAUUCGGAUCGUUCGAAGCAGGAACAAGCAGAACGCGAGAAAGCCAGCCAACGCAAGCAGAAGCUGCAAGAGCUUGAAGAUGAGUUUUACAGAUUAGUGGACCCCAAGGAUGUUGCAGAAAGCCUUUCCCUGCCCGAUGUUCAUGUGGACUUCCUCUUCCAGUACUGGAAACUGCGACGAAAGGCCAACUUCAACCAGCCGCUGGUGGCCCGCAAGAGGGACGAGGUGGACAAUCUCGCCCAGCAGGAGCAGGACGUUUUGUAUCGCCGUCUGAAGCUCUUCACUCAUUUGCGUCAGGAUCUCGAGAGGGUCAGAAACUUGUGCUACAUGGUCACACGCAGAGAGAAGAUCAAACACUCUUUAUGCAGCCUGCAGGAGAAGAUCUUUACCUUGCAGAUUCAGCUCUUAGAGAAGGACCUAGUUGGAGAAAAAACUCGGAGAGGGGAGAAGAUUCAUCGCAAUGGAGUCAGGGAACGAGUGAAAGAAAGAAGAAAGAGUAGACCAGACAAGAAAGACAAAUGGAGAUCAGAUGACAGCUCUGUAUUCACACAGCUGGGUUUCUCCAAAUCCUUCCCGCUGGACGGCUCGCUUUUUGACAGCUGGCUGGCUCAGUCGGUUCACAUCACGGCAGAUAACAUGCUGAGCCAGUGGUCUCUAUCCGGAGAGAGCCGCAACCCCUCCGCCAGCCUCCUGUCAGACCAGCUCCUGCAGGGCGAGGAGAACCUGCUCAGCCUCAUGAUGGACCACUCCAUCAAGUCCACCUGGAAAACGCCCCAGCUGGGCCGCAAGCCGAGGGGUGCGCCGCGCAGCCGCAGGAAGUCCGUCUCGCUUCCAAGAAUCAGAUCCGCAGUUAAAGGCAAGGUUUGUCCUGAGGACCAACCUCCCAAACGAGGAGAAAGAGUGCGCCAUGCACACCACCAUCACACCCGCAGCAGCGAAGGCAGGCUGGACCCUCUGCAGCCAGCCAUAUCCAAAAUGGACUCGUGCCACAUCUCCGAAGAGCAUGGCUCUUGGGUUGCCGGCGCGGACAAUGGGGAUACGGAGAGCGACAAGCGCUCGCAGGUGGCCUUACGUCUGCGUCUACCUAGACAGGGCAAGUCACGCUCUAAGAGCAACACGACGCAGGCCUUGCUGCAGAACAGCACUGGGAACAACAUCUCCGCGCACGACACUGAAACAGAUGGCUAUUUCUCUGACGCGGAACAGAGUGACAGUGAAUUGCGCUCUUUCAGCCGGAAGCUGCGCUUGCCCCAACUGCAUGCUGGGAAGGAGGAGGUAGUGCGGAGAAGCGUGCUUGCCUCCUAAAACCAUUUUUGGAUGCAGCGGUGUUGCUGUAGGAGACACAGUCUCUCUCCCGUUUCUAGACCUUCAGAUGUAAAGGCGUGUGUUCUUUUCUCGCUUUAUGUGUCAGAGUAUGUUAGUCCGUCGCCUACAUUUAUGCAACCAUAACCAUUUGUGCUUGAUAAACAAGAAAAAACGAAAAAGUCUAAAUGAGCACUGUCGUAGGUGUCGUCUUGGGAAGCAAUAGGCUCUGUCCUGGAACAGGGACGAUGACGUGGGCAUUAUGACGUCUGUUCAGGUUGUUUGUUUUAUAUGAAUACGUCUGUCGUGUGUCUCCAGAGGAUGCGGCUACUAUAAAAUGAUGUACAGAGAAAAUAUGACACAAAUAAGCACAAAUAGCCGUCGGGGAAUGUAGCACACAUGUACCUGUCGUAUCCACCGCCUCAUUCGCUUUUACAGAGACGAGACGUACCAGAAUCACACGGACACUUGAGUGUAAUUCUUACGUGCCAGAUCAGCUUGCAUCAUGGGUGAAUCUCACGAACAUGAAGCCUGUUUUAAGAGCCGUGUGAUAAUUGAGCACAUUUUUGACAUUUGGUCAAUCCAUCUCGAGUGGUCCGAAGUUGAGUGAUUGCCUCUAUCUAUUGGUAUCGCAAGACACCAGUUUUGUACUUUUUUAUUUUACUUCGUUUAAUCACUGUGGUCAUCUUUGUGUGUGUCAUGACGCACACAUUUUUUUGUUUUUUUUUGGAUUUUUCAGUAUCUUGAAAAAUCACAAGACUGGUCUCUUUACAUUCAGAGCAGCAUGACGAGUCAUAUCGUACCCAAUAUUCCACGUCGGCAAUUUUGUGCAUCUGCCAUUUUGAAUUUUGACAAAAAAUGCUAUAUUUUUCGAACGCAUUGGUGUAUUGUUAUAAAACGUGGUAUGUGUCUUCGACACAAUUCCCUGAAGGUACUCAAAACGUUUUGUGGCAAACAUUAUAAUGUUAAUAGCUUUUGAUUAAUUUUGCCUAUUGUCAUGAGACUUAUCUUGAUAGAUUCCUUGGAUCAUGCAGAGAACAUCAAUUCCAAUUAUGCCAUAAUCGGCUGAACUUCCUGUCUGCCAUUUUGAUUUAUGUUGAAAACUUACUUUUUCAAACUUCACUUAGACAGUUGGUCCGAUUUUCACCAAAUUUGGCUCAGAUCAUCCUCAGACCAUAAUGGCAAAAAUUUAUGAAUUUCGUGUCGAUAGAUAAAAUGGUUUUCGUUUAACGCACCAACGAAUUUGAUGCCAAACUGCAUCUGAGGCUGUAUCUCUGCAAAGCUUUGACAUACUGACACCAAAUUUAUGUGUGUCAUUGUCACCUCACACUGACCACACCACAUCAAUUUGGUAACAGCGCCACCUAUCGAUCAAAAUUGAUAAACCAUUAAAUCAUAAUAGUAAUGAUUGAAUUUAUGAUUUUUCAGCCAGUUUGUGUAAAAUCACCUUAAAAUGUCUUUAAUUACUCAUUGUUGCAUUUGGUCUGAUCCUCCCUGCCAUGCUUGCUCCUCAUUCUGCCUCUGUUGUGCUUGGCCCCUUAAUUGCUGCUUGCAUUUGGACUUAAAUUUUAAGUCUAAGGAAUGCUCAUGUUCAUGUAUCUUAAAAUAUGCAUUUGAGAUCAGUUUUUGAUUCAAGGAGCUUCAGGAUCAUCUUGAGCCAAGAUACUGAGGUUUCCAUAAAUAUCUGUAUGACCCAAAAUUCGUUGUGCGCCAUGACAGAAAGACAGCCACCCUGAUUAAACGAAGAAAAUAAAAAAAAUAAAAAAUGGGUGGUUUUGCAAUCCCAACAGAUGGAGAUAAUCACCAAAAAAAAAAAAAAAAAGAACAUUAAAAAUGGUCAUGCAACUUUAUUGGACCACUUGUGAUAGUUCCAGUUACAACUAAUUAUAAUGUCUAGAAUUUUUUCUGGAAUUUUAGAAUUUUUUUCUAGAAAUCUUUUUGUGAGAUUCACUUUCAUAUCUGGCACUUUCUUUCCCACUUGUUUCAGUUCAUUUGUUCAGAAAGAACCGUUGUCGUUCUCAUUAAAGUGUGCCUUCUGUAGCCCCCAAAUCAAAC